UGAACGCGCGCCUCGGAUUCCCAUCAGCGCCCUCGCGCGCGUGACUCCGGAAGAAAAGCGGCGCGGGGUCCUUCCGCUUCCUCUUUCCGCCAGCGGAGUUUAGUGCAGGAUGGGACGUGUGAUCAGGGGACAGAGAAAAGGUGCGGGCUCCGUCUUCAAAGCCCAUGUGAAGCACCGGAAAGGCGCAGCUAAACUCCGCCACAUCGACUUCGCCGAACGCCACGGUUACAUCAAGGGGAUCGUGAAGGAUAUUAUCCAUGAUCCUGGCCGGGGCGCCCCCCUUGCCAAAGUGGUCUUCCGCGACCCUUACCGCUUCAAGAAGAGGACGGAGCUCUUCAUCGCCGCAGAGGGCAUCCACACUGGGCAGUUCAUCUACUGCGGCAAGAAAGCUCAGCUGAACAUUGGCAAUGUCCUCCCUGUUGGAACCAUGCCAGAGGGUACCAUUAUCUGCUGCCUGGAAGAAAAGCCAGGUGACCGGGGCAAACUGGCCCGUGCCUCAGGAAACUACGCCACCGUCAUCUCCCACAACCCUGAGACCAGGAAGUCCAGAGUCAAGCUGCCCUCUGGUUCCAAGAAGGUCAUCUCCUCUGCCAACAGAGCUGUUGUUGGCGUGGUUGCUGGAGGUGGACGUAUUGACAAGCCCAUCCUGAAGGCUGGCCGUGCUUACCACAAGUACAAGGCCAAGAGGAACUGCUGGCCACGUGUCCGUGGUGUGGCUAUGAAUCCUGUUGAGCAUCCCUUCGGUGGUGGUAACCAUCAGCAUAUUGGAAAACCUUCAACCAUCAGGAGAGACGCACCUGCUGGUCGCAAGGUCGGUCUUAUUGCUGCCCGACGCACAGGCAGACUGCGUGGAACAAAGACUGUCCAAGAAAAGGAGAACUAAUUCUAAAUCUCUUAAUAAAAUGCUCCAAAACA